ACGGCGAUGUCACCUCGUGCAGGGCGGGCGACCAUGACAGAGGGCGGCGCGGGCGCCUCAGUAUUCUUUAGACUUCCGAACUAGCAUCAACAAAUAUCAACCCUUAUGCAACAAAUAACUUUUUUUUAUGCCAACCAUGGCAUGAAUGCAGCACGUUCUUAAAAAAAAAGAGUGUUCCAAAUUCAAAAAUGCGCGGUUCGUCGUUUUCUUUUUCGUGAAUUCGCGUUCCAUUUUUUAUAAUUAUUUUGUAAAAAGUGAAUUAGUAGACAUGGCGGAAAAAUUAAAUGAAUAUCAAGGUGUGACGGGACGUUUGCACGGUGUAAGGGAUAAAUAUAAGGAGCGGUGGGCGCAAUGGAAAGAAGAGCACCCGAGAGGUAUCCGUGAGAUGCUGAAGGAACAUUUUUUUGGUAUACCGACGUCAGAUGAGCCACCGGACCGUGUGUAUGAUAACAGCGAAUAUUGUGAUUUGUUUAGGCGAAAAAAUAGGAUAGAACUCAUGCGAAUAUCUGCCGCAGUCAUGGGUAUAGAAUUUUCAUAUGCCGGCGAAACGGCGUUCGUGUCACCAACCCUACUUCAAAUUGGUGUUCCUCAUCAGCAAAUGACUUUAGUGUGGGCUCUAUCGCCUUUAAUAGGCUUCUUUAUGACGCCUCUGUUGGGCUCUUUGAGUGAUAGAUGCAACUCUAAAUAUGGGAGACGACGACCCUUUAUCGUUAUGAUGUCUAUUGGUGUUUUUCUUGGUCUCAUCCUAGUACCAAACGGCGAAGACAUAGGGUACGCGUUUGGGGACUUAGGGUCCAUAAACAGAACAAAUGUCCCCUCAGCGCUGGGCCCUCGUAGUUCCGCGUUAGAGACGCAGGGCACAAACCAUCACCCUUGGGGGGUUUUGUUCACAGUUUUGGGUACAGUUCUCUUGGAUUUCGAUGCUGAUGCCUGUCAGAGUCCCGCGAGAGCUUACCUUCUGGAUGUUACUGUACCGGAGGACCACGCGAAAGGCUUGAGUACGUUCACGAUAAUGGCAGGACUGGGUGGUUUCAUGGGAUACGCUCUGGGCGGGAUCAACUGGGAUGAAACUAGCCUUGGUGACUUCUUCGGAGGGCACGUGCGAGCAGUGUUUUCUCUAAUCACAAUAAUAUUCAUAGUAUGUGUAUCAGCUACAAUAACCAGUUUUAAAGAAAUUCCUUUGGAUGAGUUGCAUCAAUAUGAAGAAUUUAGAAAAAGCGAUGAAAGUCAGGAACCUCCGGUAGUUCAAGUAGAGGGUAUCCAGGAGGAACAAGUGGAAAAAGAUGGGUUGAUUAAGGAUGGCACUGUUAUGUAUGGAGCGUUGGAACAGAAUGAGGGUCCCAGUAUCCCGAUCCCCGAGGGUCACGGGGAGCCACUAUCCCUGAAGCACUACUUGUUGUCCAUCAUCAUGAUGCCCAACUCCCUCCGUGUGGUGUGUCUCACCAACCUGUUCUGUUGGAUGGCUCACGUGUGCUAUUCACUGUACUUCACCGAUUUUGUUGGUGAAUCUGUGUAUGGUGGUAAUCCAGCCGCGCCAGAAGGUAGUGAGAGUAGAAUCAACUAUGAAGCCGGCGUUCGUUUCGGAUGCUGGGGAAUGGCUAUGUACUCGCUGUCUUGUGCUUGUUAUUCUACUAUCAUUGAGAAGCUGAUAAAGAAACAUGGGGCUAAAAAGGUAUAUGUAGGUGGUCUAAGCACGUACAGUUGUGGUAUGAUGCUGCUCUGCAUCUUGCGGGCUCCAGCUGCUGUACUACUGUUCAGUUGGACUGCUGGGGUCAUGUACUCCACGUUGUUCACUAUGCCGUAUUUAUUGGUGGCUCAUUAUCAUGCUACGGGAAUGUGGGACAGCUGCGGCGGGGGCAGCGGGGGGUCGCGCGGAAUCGGCACUGACGUAGCAGUCGUUAGCAGCUGCGUGUUCGUAGCGCAGCUGCUUGUGUCCUGCAUCAUGGGGGUCGCGGUGCGGGCUGCGGGCUCUACGGCCGCGGUCGUAGCGGUCGCUGCUACGCUGGCUGCGUGCGCUGCUGUGACCGCCACACAGAUUACGUAUUUGGAUCUGUGAAUUAUGUUUUUGAGUCUCAAAAUCGGGCUGAUGUCUACUAUUAAUUGAAUCUGUAUGGAUGAUAUGGUCGUAUUUUGUUGGUUGUUGGUUUCUGUGGGAUUAGGUUGUCAUGUUUUAUGGGGGUUAGCAAGUCCGUGUUCGUAGCGCAGCUGCUCGUGUCCUGCAUCAUGGGGGUCGCGGUGCGGGCUACGGGCUCUACGGCUGCGGUCGUAGCGGUCGCUGCUACGCUGGCUGCGUGCGCUGCUGUGACUGCUACACAGAUUACGUAUUUGGAUCUCUGAAUUCUGUUGUACACAUCUGUCAAUGUGUUAUUGUCUACAAUAGAUCUGUCUGGGUAUUAUGGUUGUCUUGUCUUGGUUAUUGGUUUCAGUGGGAUUAAGUUAUCAUGUUUUAUGGGGGUCGGUAAGGUCGUGUUCAUAGCACAGCUACUCGCGCUGCUACGCUGUCUGCGUGCGCUGCUGUUACUGCUACACAGAUUACGUAUUUGGAUCUGUGAAUUUUAUAUAGAUCUGUCUUUUGUUUUGUUGUCUAAGUUGUUAGUUUCUGUGGGAUUAGGUUGUUAAGUCUCAAGGGGUUCGUAAGAUCGUGUUCAUAGCGGAGCUUCUCGUAUGAUCUGUGAACUUCGUUACGUUUGUUGUUUUAAUGGUUUUCCAUAUUAGUGUACAAAGAGUUAGAAAAAAUAAUUAUUAUAGCUGACAAGUUAUUAAAAAUGUAUUGAGAGUGGGAAUAUUAUAAAAUGUUGAUAACUUUAAUGUUUAAUGAUAUGAAAUGUGUAAAAUAUGAUCUCUUUUAUUGAU